CCUCCCAUGGUGGUCAAAGAUCUAUUUGAAGACAUUAAAGAUGGAAUUGUAUUGAUUGCUCUCUUGGAGGUCCUUUCAGGACAAAAAUUACCCUGUGAACAAGGACGAAAAUUGAAGAGAAUUCAUGGAGUGGCUAAUAUUGGUACUUCCCUUAAGUUCCUAGAAGGGCGUAGGAUUAAGCUCGUCAACAUUAAUUCAACUGAUAUUGCCGAUGGAAGACCAUCUAUUGUGCUUGGGUUGGUGUGGACAAUAAUCCUGUAUUUCCAGAUAGAGGAACUUACAAGCAACCUGCCACAGUUGCAGUCACUCUGCAGUAGUACAUCAUCUGUGGAUAGUGUCGUCAGUUCUGAAACUGCCAGUCCACCCUCCAAGCGGAAGGUUUUCACUAAAGUCCAAGGAAGCGCAAAGAAGGCUUUGCUAAAAUGGGUGCAGUACACAGCAGCAAGGCAAAGUGGGAUUGAAGUCAAGGAUUUUGGACAAAGCUGGAGAAGUGGUAUUGCCUUUCAUUCAGUUAUUCAUGCUAUCUGUCCAGAACUAGUGGAUUUGGAGAAGGCAAAAACACAAUCUAACAAAAAAAAUUUGGAAGAGGCCUUUACAAUUGCAGAAUCAGAACUGGGAAUCCCAAGACUCCUUGAUCCUGAAGAUGUGGAUGUGGAUAAACCAGAUGAAAAAUCAAUUAUGACUUACGUAGCACAGUUUCUGAAACAUUAUCCAGAUCCUCAUAACACAGCAGGCGAUGCACAGGAGGCUGAUGAACCAGAUUCUGUUCCUUCCUUUUAUUUGUAUCUUCCGGCCUUCCGUAAAAAAGAUCAACCGAUGCUAAGAGAUCUGAAAAUUUGGAUUGAACAAUACGAAAGAGAUUUGUCAAGGACACAAAUGACGGAAGCAAGCUUACAAGAAAAAUACCAGUUGUUCAAGCAUUGCAAAGCACAAUAUGAAGCAAAGAGGAAACAAGUUGAACGUGCAAUCCAGUCUUUAAGAAAGGAUGGAAAACUUUCUCUUGAUCAAGCUCUGGUGAAGCAAGCCUGGGACAAAGUUACUUCUCAACUUUUUGAAUGGCACUUGUAUCUUGAUAAAUCUCUUCCUGCACCACUGGGCCCUAUCGCAGCCUGGCUUUGUAGGGCUGAGACCUCUCUUAGAGAAGACAUUUCCAUUCAGCAGUCUCAUGAGGAAACAGCAGAUACGUUACAUCGGAAACUUGAACAGCAUAAGGAUAUGCUUAAAAAUGUAGAUGGGUACAAAAGGACAUUUCAGGAAAUCCGCCGAGCUCAGUCUGUCAAUGGAGUCCCUAUUCCGUUAGAGCAGCUUGAUGAUAUGGCUGAGAGGUUUAAUUUUGUUGCCUCUUCAUCUGAUCUCCAUCUGCUGAAAAUGGAGUUCUUGGAACUGAAGUACCGCUUGCUGUCACUCUUGGUCCUGGCUGAAUCAAAAUUAAAAUCAUGGAUUAUCAAAUAUGGAAGAAGAGAUUCGGUUGAGCUGCUUCUUCAGAACUAUAUGACUGUUAUAGAAAACAACAAAUUUUUUGAGCAGUAUGAAAUUACAUACCAGAUCUUGAAAAAAGCAGCUGAGACGUAUGCCAAUGCUAAUGGCUCACCGGAAGAAAUAGAGAACAUUACAAAGUUCAUGAAUGAUACAACAACACAGUGGAGGCACUUGUCAGUUGAAGUGAGAAGUGUUCGGAGUAUGUUAGAAGAAGUCAUUUCUAACUGGGAUCGAUAUAGCAAUACAGUCGCCAUUCUGCAAGCCUGGCUGGAAGAUGCUGAAAAAAUGUUGAAUCAACCUGAACAUGCUAAAAAGGAUUUCUUCCGACAUUUACCACAAUGGAUUCAGCAACAUACUGCAAUGAAUGAUGCUGGUAAUUUUCUGAUUGAAACAUGUGAUGAGACCGUUUCCAGAGAUUUAAAACAACAAUUGCUCUUGCUAAAUGGACGAUGGAGAGAAUUAUUUAUGCAAGUUAAACAAUAUGCUCGGGCUGAUGAAUUAGACAAAAUAAAGAAGGAAUAUUUGGAUGGAGUGGCUGCCUUGUCUGCUUUCAUUGAUGACGUAAAGAGGAAAAUCCACACACAUUUAGAAGUGUCCUUUCUAAAUGUAAAGUUAUUUGUCCAAGAAAUGGAGGAUAUUAAACAAAAGGCAUUCAUUAUGGAAUCCCAGUACAAAAUGAUAACAAGGACUGCACAAGUGGUUACCAAGGAAAUUCCACAAGAAGAAGUCAAUGAAAUGCUUACAAGAAUGCAGAGAAUCAAAGGACAGCUCAGCAAGGUUAAGGAGACCUGCCCAGUUGUACUCUUUGAUUCACAAGAAUUACUUCCUCAUCUUGAAGAAUUAGAGAAACAAAUUACACAUUUUCAUGAAUCUCUUGAAAAAAUCAAUGAAAUUAUUUCUGUAUUAGAUCCUGAAGCCCAGCCUGCUCAUGUUUUUAAACAGCAACAUCAGGACCUGGUAGCUUAUCAAGAACACUGCAAAAAAGCCCUGUUAUUAAUUGAAAGAAAUAGUCAAAUUAUCACAAAGCUUCUGGCUUCAAGUAAAGUAUUAAAUCACUUCAGCUUUUCUGUACUUCAGAAAAAAGUGGUAGAAAUUCAAGCUGCUUUUCAGGAUAUGGUGCAGAAGACCAGUGAUUGGAAGAAAAAUGUUGAGGUAAAUAGUCGGCUGAUGAAGAAAUUUGAAGAAUCUAGAACAGAGUUGGAAAAUGUUCUCCAGACUGCCCAAUGCUGUCUAAAAGAAAAAGGCAAACCUGAAGAACUCCUCCGAAAAAAUACAGAAUUUUUCAAUCAGUUGGACCAAAGGGUGCUCAAUGCUUUCCUGAAAGCUUGUGAUGAACUUACUGACAUCCUUCCUGAGCAAGAGCAACACACCCUUCAGGAAGCUGUGCGGAAAUUGCACAAGCAGUGGAAGGAUCUCCAGUCAGAAGCUCCAUACCAUUUACUCCGCUUAAAAAUAGAAGUGGAAAAAAGCAAAUUUCUAGCAAUAGUGCAAGAAUGUCACACUGAACUCACUCGCCAGCAUGAGCUCAUGACCAAGGAGAGCAGUGAAAAAAUAAUUAAGGAGCACAAGAUGUUUUUUGGUGAUAAAGGGCCUUUACAACUAUGUGAGAAACGACAGCAACUGAUUAAAGAAUUGUGCUUGAAAUUACCAGAAUGGGAUCCAAUUAAAAUGACAUCUGAAAGUAGCCAAAAAGAUCUCAGUGAACUUAAAACUCAAGUUGCCCGGACUUAUAUGAAACUAAUAGAUCAACCAGAUAAAUGGCAAGAAUACAUGAACAGAUUUUCUGAAUUACGAAGAUGGAUUUCAUCAAAGGAAACACAACUUAAAACAAUUAAGAAUGGUUCAGCUGAUACUACUAAAUACAAACAAUUUAAAACAUCAAUAGAGGAAAUUAGGCAAGAUGCCUGCAAGAAGGGAGAAACUAUCAUCUGGUUGAAAUCUAGGCUUGUUGCCUUAUCUGAGGUUUCUUCUGAGAAUGAAAUAAAAAAACAAGGGGAUGAACUUUCAGUGCUUGCUAGUGAUUUUAAGAAAAUUUUAGCCUUAUUGACAGAGAUUGAGAAGACACUGGGUGCGGUUGGAGAUUGUGUUCAAUACACUGAAGAAGUGAAAGGCACAUUAGAAGAACUGAUCACAAACUCAAAAGAAGCUCAGACAGAAGUUGAAAAAAUCUUAGAUGUUGAUAACUUGUUACAGGCCCAGCAAAUCUUUCUCUACCAUCAGCAAAAAUCAAAAAGGCUUCAUGCAAAAAGGCAAGAUGUACAACAGCAGAUUACCCACAGUAAAGAGUUACAAAUCGAAGGUGGCCUGUCUCCUGCUGUGCAAGAAGAUUUGUGGAAGUUGGAGAGUACAUUAGAAAGCAUGCAGCAAUCUAUGGAACAACGUGGAGAUCAAUUGCAGCUCACAAUAAACACAUGGGAACAGUUUGAAAGAGACAAAGAAACAAUUGUCAAGUAUUUGAGUCAUGCCAGCUCUGCCCUUGAACGCAUCUUAAGUUUUAGCAGCUUGGAGAGUUUGUCAUCAGAAUUAGAAAAAACAAAAGAACUUUCCAAGCAGACCGUAGCCAUGGCCAUGGAAGCAGAGAAUCUGGUCAGGAAGUCUUUAGCCAUACAGCUUGGUCAAAGGAGCAAGGAGAGUCUUCAGCAGCAAGCAAAGUCAAUUCAGGAACAAGUUAAAAAAGUAGAAGCUACACUUGAAGAAGAUAUUAAAACCAUGGAAAUGGUGAAAGACAAGUGGGAUCAGUUUGGGAAAAAAUUUGAAGCAUUGUCCCUCUGGAUCAAUGAAAAAGAAAAAGCGCUGGAUGCCUUGGAAAUACCAUCAUCUUCCCUGGAUGUACAAAUCAACCAAAUUAAGGCGGUUAAGAAUGAAAUAGCUGACAAGGACAACGAAAUCCCAAAGCUAGAAGAGGAUGCUCAACUUUUCUCUCAGUAUCUUACUUCUGGAGAAUCAGCACAUAUUAAAGCCAAGAUGACACAGAUUAGGAGAUACUGGGAAGAAUUCAGAGAUCAUACAGAGAAUUUGGAAGGAACCAUCGCAGGAAGGGCAGCGGUGCAGCAAAAAUUUGAGGAAAACUUUAGAAAGAUUCAAGAAGAUUUAAGCAGUUCUGAAGCCAAACUGAUGGAGCUUGAUAGUUCAUCCUGUUCGUUAGCAGAAACUUAUAAGUCUCUACAAGACCUUACGGACCUCUCACAAGAUCUGGAAAAAAUAAAUCAAGCAUUGACUUCUUUAUCAUCUUGCUGUCGCAAACUUACAGACAAAGAAAAAGCAAACCAAGAUAUUGUCAUGCUUCAGCAAAAACAUGAAAAUAUUAUGAAACAAGUGAAAGAGAGACAUGACUCUUUAGAGACUCACCUCGUACAAUGUCAGAGAUUGGAGAAGGAAUUGUCUACCUUUUUGACUUGGUUAGAGAAGUGUGAAACUGCAGUCAGACCUACAGAACAGCAUGUUUCUGCUGACAAAGUUAAACUAGAAAAUGAACUACAAUUACUUCAAGAUUUGAAAGUGGAUAUUGCAUCUCAUGAUUUGCAUUAUACAAGCCUCUUCCAGUUGAAUGAGACGCUAUUUAAAGCUAGUUACAGUGAAAGUCUGAGACCAGUUAAAAAAGAAUUAGAAAAAGUUGAUGAAAGAUGGAAAAUUCUACCUGAGACCAUUAACAGGAGGAUAAUUUUCCUGCAAUCUGUGCUUGAUGAACACAGACAGUAUGAUGAGCUUCUUCUCAGUUUUUCUGAAUGGAUCAAACAAUUUCUUUGUAAACUGCAGCUAACAUCAGAGAUUGAUAUAACCGAUCAACAGCUCGCUAUAUGUCAAAAUAAGGAGCAUAAAUUAGAAGUGGAAGGAAAAAACAAAGAGCUACAGAGUCUGAAGAGCCAUGUUGAAAGGUUGUGUUCUUUCACUCAGCCAGAAGAUCACAGUGUAUUCCAAAAUAUGGUUGAAGACUGUCUCCAGUUGUACCAAGAAGCUGAUCAAGUAAUCAACCGCCGUCAAGAUGUUCUUCCCCAUCUCAAGUCCUUUUUAGAGCUUCAUAUCUCUGCAUCACAUGUACUUCACCAGUUGAGACAAAGGGUAGAAACAACGCAAAACAUAGACAAGUCAAAAUCAGAAAUGCUGAAGAAGCAGCUAAGUGACGUUGUUCAAGAUGUCAACAAACUAGAAUCUACAGCAUCCAGUUUAGAUGUAUCCCUUACUAAAGCCCACUAUCAUCUAAAACAAGGAAGCUCUCAGCAGAGGAGUUCCAGCAGUAACAUUGCAGACAGCAUCUGCAUAGAACUGGAAUCCAUUCAGUCUUUGCUUGGAUCUAAGCAAAGUGAAGCAGAGGCCCUUAGUGCUCUGUGUUCAUCCAUCCUAGAGCGUAAGGAGCAUCUCCUAAAACGAAUUGAAGAUCUUGAAGAAAGGGCUGACAAGGAAGGACUGAAAGAACCAAACCUUCAAGAAGUUCAGCAAAGGUUAAGAAUUUUUAACCAGCUGGAUGAUGAACUGAAUUCUCACCAGCAUGAAUUGCAAUGGCUAAUGAGCAAAGCAAAGCAAAUUGCUUUAAAAGAUAAUCAUUUUGCUCCAACAAUUGACAAAGCAAUUAAUUGUUUGGAAGCAACUUGGAAUGAUACAAAGAAACUAAUCCAAGAAAGGCAGGAGCAGUGUUGCAUCCUUCUUGAUAUUAUAAGACAGUAUCACAAUCUGAGAAGUGCAGUUUCUAAGGCAAUGGAGGUUGCCAGUGCUGUAACAGUGGCCAAAGCCGUGCUAAAAGACCAGAGAGAUGUGCGAAGGGCCUUAUCAAAGCAUGAAGCAGCCAGGAAUGAGCUGAAUGAUAGACAGACUGAACUGGACGCCUUCACUAACAAAGGAAAGCACCUCACUGCAGAACUGAAAAAGAUACCAAACUGUGAUGCUCGGAUGAUAAAAACUGAGAUGGACAGUACCGUGGACAAAUGGCUAGAUGUUUCAGAAAAAAUUGAAGACAACAUAGAUAAGUUGAGUGUUAGCGUGACUUUGUGGGAAGACAUACUAGCCAUCCGAGAUAAUAUUGAAGGAUGGUGCAAUAACGCCAUCUCUCAGUCCAAUGAUAUAAUAAACAAUUUGGCGAGCUGUCAAGGAACUGAAGUUUUCUUGGAUGAAUUUCAGUCUCAGCUGAAGCACAAAGAAGAAAAGUUGGAGCAAAUGACUUUGAACAUAUAUGAGCUUAAAAAAUUGGUAAAUUCAGAAGAACUUCCUCCAAUUCUUCUGUUUUUAGAUGCUGAUUUAAAGAAGAAGAUAAUGCAUAGCAAAACAAUGUAUGAAACAGCUAAAGAAACUUUGAAAGAUUUUAAUUCUCAGAAGACACAGUUGUAUAACUUUGUUACUCAGAUGGAAAACUGGCUUGUCAAUACAGAAGAAUCAUUAUUAAAUUGCAUUCAUAGUCAGGUUCCAUCAGAUAUUGGGACAGUCAAUAAAAUACAAAAGGAGAUUCGCCAACAGCAGAACAAUUUUGAUUCUACUCAGGAAACGCUUAAUGGCCUUUGCCGCAAAUAUCCAUCUUUGGAGUUGGAAACUCUUGCAGGCACUAUAACGUCCCUGAUAAAGAAGUAUGAAUCUUUGAACCAGCUGAGUUUGAAAACACAGGCUUCUUUACAGGAGUCCCUAGAAAAACAUUUCUUACAAUCUAUGGAGGAAUUUCAAAACUGGUAUUCUAAUCUGAAGAUUGCAAUAAAAGAUAUAAAUAUUGCAACUGGGGACAGUAAAGCUAUUGAAGCAAAACUCCACAAACUACAGAAAGUGCUAGACUCUUUUAAUGAAGGAAAGGCUAAACUGGAGUCAGCCUGCCAGGAAGGAGAAAAUCUGUGUACUUACUUGCCUAAACCAUCUGUGAAUGGUAUUCAAGAACAGAUAUCUAAAGCUCAUCAGGACUUUGAAGCAUUUCUAAAACAAUGUUUGAAAGAUAAACAAUCUUUGGAAGAAUGCAUUGCAGAGUUGGAAAGUUUUGAGGACCAGUGCAAGAGCUGGAGUUUAUGGCUUCAUGAAAAGGAAGAAAGGAUAAACACAGAAGCUCUAGGAGAACACAAACAACACAUCCCAGAUAAGAAAGACGAGGUACAGAAGGUAGAAGCCUUUUUGGAAGAACUUUUGCUUGCAAGAGAAUCCUUUAAUAAACUCUCUCAAAAGGCACAGUUUUUAAGUGAGAAAGACUACAGUACUGGAAUGGAGGUUCGUCUGGCUUCUCAGCAAUUUUCUGCCUAUCAGAAUUUAAUCAAGGAAGUAAAGGAGAAGCUGCGGCUCUCUCAGAUAGCUCUCCAAGAUCACCAGACUUUGGAAGAAGCUCUGCAGGAUAUGUGGACCUGGGUGAAGGAUGUUCAAGGAAAACUCAGCUGUGCUGAGGGCACCCUUGGGGACAAAGUGACCUUGGAGAAACGACACCUCCAAAUCCAGGAAAUCCUAUUAAUGAAAGGAGAAGGAGAGGUCAAGCUGAACAUGGCCAUUGGCAAAGCUGAACAAGCCCUUAAGACAAGUAAUGAAGAGGGACAGAAGGUGAUUCAGAGCCAGCUGCAAAGAUUAAGAGACCUCUGGGGCAGCAUUGUCAGCACCUCUGUGAGCUGUCAAAGCUUGCUCGAGUUUGUGAUAAAUCAGUGGAAUUGCCACCUGGAGAAGAAAAGUCAGUUGGACCAGUGGUUGGAUUCAAUAGAUCACAAAUUGAAAGAGCCUUUGGAACCUCAGAAUGGACUGAAAGAGAAAUUCUCCCAGCUGGAUUGCUUCCAAGCUAUUGUUUCAGAAGUGGAAGCACGUUCUAAUGAUCUACACCAGCUCAUAGUAAAAGCCAGAGAACUGCACGAGAAAACACAGGACGAUUCUUUUGGAGAAACUGCUCAAGAGGAAUUGAAAACACAAUUCACAAAUAUUGCAACAAUUGCCAAGGAAAAAAUGAAAAUAGCUGAAGAUAUUGUAAAAGACCAUUUGUUAUACCUUGAUGCAGUGCAUGAAUUUUCUGAUUGGCUUCAUUCAGCAAAAGAAGAGCUUCACCGCUGGUCGGACACAUCAGGAGAUUUGUCUGCCAUACAGAAAAAAUUAGCCAAAAUCAAUGAGCUGAUAGAUUCCAGACACACUGGUGAGGGUCGCCUCCACAGGAUCGAAACACUGGCUCCCGCUGUGAAAAAGAACACAAGCGUUCAAGGGGGCAAAGACAUGGACGCUGAAAUGCAGGCUCUCCAGUCCGACUGGAAGCAGUGGGAGGAGAAUGCUUUCCAGUCCCGAAACAGGCUGCAGGAACUGGAGAGUCAGAUGGCCAGGUCAGAGCAGGAGUUUUCAGCCCAGGCUGUUCUUCUGGAAAAGGCCUUGAAACACUUCAGCACUUUGCUUGCAACCUGGUCUGAAGGCCUGACCUCUCUAGACAGUAAGCACACAGACCAAGAGCUGGUUGAAUGCUGGCAUCGAGAAAAGGAAACUCUGGAUGCCCUAACAAAGGCAGAGUCUAUUAAUGAUGAUAUUAAGACUCAGUUAAAUGAUCUUUGCCGGUUUUCCAAAGAUUUGAGUACCUAUUCUGCAAAGAUUUCCCAGUUAUUUAAAGAAUAUAAUAGUCUUUGCCUGCAAGCUUCAAAGGGAUGCCAAAGUAAAGAGCAGGCCUUACAACAGAGAUUCAGGGCAGUCUUCAGAGAUUUUCAGCAAUGGCUGGUCAAUUCCAAAAUCACUACUGCCAAAUGUUUUGAUGUGCCUCAAAAUAUCAGUGAUGUUACAGCUAACAUACAGAAAAUACAGGAAUUCUUAUCUGAAACUGAGACUGGUCAACAUAAAUUAAAUUUAGUGGUAUCCAAAGGAGAACUGUUAAGUUCUAUAUUACCUAAAGAAAAAGUUAAAUCCAUUCAGACCAAAAUUGCUUCAGCUAAAGAGGACUGGAAGAAAUUUAUUUCCACACUGCACCAAAAGGAAACAACUUUAGAGAAUUUAAAGGUACAGAUGAAAGAUUUCGAAACAAGUGCUGAACCUCUUCAAGACUGGUUAAAUAAAACCAAAGAGAUAGUGCAAAGCAGCAAUAAUAAUCUGCAUGACCUUUCCACAAAAAGGAGAGAACAUCAGAAUCUACAGUCUGUCCUGUGAAGAAAUAAAAUAUAAUGAGCCUCAGCUCAGCAGAUUAAAAGAAAAGCUCAGCAGCUUUGGGAAGAACAGGCUGCCAGCAAAAACUUUGUGCACAGAGUUUCUCAGCUAUCAUCUCUCUAUCUUGCUCUGAGCAACCUAACAAGUAUGGUUGAAGACAUACCUUAUCAAGAAAAAUAUAUAUUAAGAAAUAGGAUACACACAGGCCAGCUAGCAGAGCCAGAUCUUCAGGCCUUUGUGGAAGUUCAGGAGGUUGGGUGGAAUGAUAGAUUAUCUGAAUGGUUGGUAAUGUUACAUCUGUAUGAAUUUAAGGAAAAGGUCUCCAGAAUGGACAGAAUAGUAGCAGAGCACCAACAGUUCUCUCAUGGACUGAAGGAGCUUCAGGACUGGAUGGCAGAUACAAUUCAGGUGCUUGAAUCUUACUGCUGCCCCACGGCAGACAAAAAAGCCCUUGAUAAUAGAAUGGCAAAGCUGAGGCAAAUCCUUUCAUUAAGGCAAGAGAAGGAAAUUCAAAAUGAAAUGGUGGUAACAAGAGGAGAAUCUGUUUGGCAAAACACGUCAGUAGAAGGAACAUCUGUGAUUGAACAACAGCUGAAAAUGCUUAAGGACACAUGGGCUUCCCUCUUGUCUACGUGUAUCCACUGCAAAAGCCAGCUUGAAGGAGCUCUCUCCAAGUGGACAAGCUACCAAGAUGAUGUUCAGCAGUUUACAAGUUGGAUGAACAAAGUAGAAGCAAUUAUGAAUGCUUCAGAAAGACAGUAUUCGGAACUUAGGGAAAAAAAAUCUUCACUCAGCAAAUCUAAGUUACUUAAAGAAGAAAUAUUUAGCCACAGUACAUUGCUGGAAGCUAUUGAAGUCAAAAGCACAGGCAUGACCGAGCAUUAUGUCACUCAGCUUGAACUGCAAGACCUUCGUGAGAAAUACCAGCUUCUCAAAGACAGAAUAAUGGAAACAAUAACUAAAGCUGAAGGAUACGUUCACUUGCAUCAAGAGUACCAAAAGAAUUUGAAGGCCUUUGAAGUAUGGUUGGAAAAGGAACGAAAGCUCAACUCUUUAUCACUUGAAGGUGAUACAGAGCGAUACGAAGCAACACUCCAAGAACUCCAGGAAUUACAGGUACAUUGUGCUGAAGGACAAGCAUUGCUUAAUGCUACACUCCAUGCUAGAGAAGAAGUAAUUCCAUGGGGUGCACCCCAGUUGGAGGAAAGAGUAUUGGAGUCCCUCCGUCAGGAUUGGACAGUCUACCAACACAAGCUUUCUGACGUUAGGAUACAACUGAAUACUACUUUAAGUAGACUAAAACUGAUGGAGAAUAAAUUUCUGAAAAUGGAUCAGUGGCUCAAAACUCUGGAGGAGAAAGUUAAUAUCAGGACUAGCCGGCAAUCUGACCAAGCCACAAAGGAAAUCCAGCUUCAGCAAUUAAAGAAUUGGCACGAAGAAAUAACAGUCUAUAAAAAUGAAGUUGAAGAAAUCGGGUUGUUGGCGCAGCAUUUCCUGGAGGAAAUUCAUACUUCUAGUAGAAUGGGAAGACAAGCAACCCAACUUGCUUCUCGAUAUCAAACUCUUGUUCUUCAUGUACUGGAACAAAUGAAAUUCCUAGAAGAAGAAAUUCGAAGUUUGGAAGAAUCUGAACUAGCUUUCAGUGCUUACAAAGACUGGUCUGAAGCUAUCCUUAGAAAAUUCAGAAAUGUGGUGACAAAAUGUGAUGUAGUGGAGAGACCAUUAAUGGAGAAAAAAAUGCAGAAACUUGAGGAUCUCAUGAGUGACAUGGACGUUGGUCACAGUUUGCUCAAAUCCGCCCGUGAGAAGGGAGAAAGAGCUAUUAAGUACAUUGAGGAAAAUGAAGCUGAAAAACUAAAGAAACAAAUCAGUGAUUAUGUAGAACAACUUGAUGAAAUGACUUGCUCUAUCAGAAAAGAAAGUACAACCAUAGAGAAAUGUCUCCACUUAACAAAGGAAUUCUUAGAUAAAUACAAAAUACAGACACAGUGGCUAACAGAUUAUCAAAUCAUACUGCACAAUACAGUGGAUCCCAAAAUGGAAUUAUAUGAGAAGAAGGCACAGUUAUCAAAAUACAAGACAGUGCAGCAGACCAUACUAUCCCACGAACCUUUAAUCAAAUCUGUUGUGGAAAAAGGAGAAAGCCUUCUUGAAUUGAUCUGUGACACUAAUGUAGCUAAGAAUAUUCAAAAACUUCAGAAUGAAUACCAGGAGCUCUGCAACACAGCAAAGAUGCAAGUUGCAAGCUUGGAGGAGAAAGCGAAACAACAUGAAGACUAUAAUAGCUUACAGGAAGUGGAAAAGUGGUUAUUGCAGAUGUCCAGCAGGCUGAUUACCCCUGAACUCAUGGAGAACAGUGAUCUAGAAGUGAUACACAACAAUUAGCCAGUCACAAGGCAACGAUGGAAAGAAAUAGCUGGAUUUGAAGAUCGCCUGAACAUCCUUAAGAGCAAGGGAGACUCUUUAAUCAAAGAGUGUGCAGAACAUCUCCAAGCAAAAUUUAAACAAAAUAUAGAAACCCAGCUGCAGGGAACGAGAGAUAGCUAUUCAGCCAUCUGUAGCACAACUAAAAAAGUAUAUCAAAGUUUGGAGCAUGAACUCCAGAAACAUGUUAACCAUCAGGAUACUUUUCAGCAAUGCCAAGCUUGGCUCUGUACAGUUUGUCCAGAGUUAAAGGCCAAUCCUCAUCGACCUUCUAGUUCAGCAGAUGCCAUUAAGCAGGUUAAACAUUUUAGAGCCCUGCAAGAGCAGGCAAACACCUAUCUGGAUCUAUUAUGCUCCAUUGAUGAUUUAUCAGACAGCACAAUAAAAAAUGCAGCAACAGAUAUUCAAGUAGCAAAGCAAACGAUUGAAGAUAGGAUAAUGAACUCCCAGUAUCUUGCUCAGGGCUGGGAAGAAAUAAAGCAAAUGAAAGAAGAACUUUGGAUUUAUUUCCAGGACGCAGAACAGCAGCUACAGAAUAUGAAGAGACGGGGGGCAGAGCUGGAAUUAAAUAUUGCUCAUAAUAUGGUUUUACAGGUGAAGGACUUCAGCCAGCAGUUGCAGUCUAAACAGACAGUUUUGACUGCAGUGACUGAAAAAGUGAGCAAAUUGACAGAAGGGCAGGAGUCACCAGAACACAAGGAAGUAGGGCGCUUGAGCAACUAUUGGCUUGAUCUUUGCCUUCAAACCAGCAACGUGCUCUUACGUAGAAAAGAAGAUUUUCAGAGAACAACAGAAUAUCAUGAUUGUUUAAAUGUGGUAGAAACGUUUUUAGAAAACUUUACACAGGAAUGGGAUCACUUGGCAAGAUCUGAUGCUGAGAGUACAGCUACACAUCUUGAGGCUUUGAAAAAGUUGUCAGUGACUCUGCAGGACAAACGGCUUGCUCUUGAAAACUUAAAGGAACAGAGGCAAAAAGUGACUGAACAUCUAAAUUUGGAUGAUAGGGAACUAGUCAAAGAACAGUCAGGAUACUUUGAGCAGUGCUGGAUCCAGCUGGAGGACCAAGUCAAGAGGAAAAUACAACUGUCGGUCACCACAUUACAAGAGUUGAGUGUUGUGCAAGCCAAGCUUCAAGAAUUAAUGGAGUGGGCAGAAGAGCAGCAACCUAGCAUCUCUGAAGCUCUUAAACACAGCCCGCCUCCUGAGCUGGCUCAAAAUUUUCUCAUGGAUCACCUCACUCUUUGUAGUGAGGUAGAAGCCAAGCAGCUUAUUUUGAAAACAUUAAUAAAGGAUGCUGAUAGGGUGAAAACUAAUUUAGGGCUUCAUGAAAGACAGAUGCUCCAGAAAAGUCUAUCAGAUGCCCAAAAUCAUGUGGAUUUCCUUAGUGAUCUGGUUUGGCAGAAAAAAAGGCACUUAAAUAAGACAUUAUCUGACAGGACUCAGUUCUUCCUAGCAGCCCUUCAGGCCAUGAAUCAAAUUAAACAAUAUGAGAAAAAGGUAAUAUGCCAUGAACAUAUCUCUCUGCUACCAGAAGAUGUGAGUAAACAGAUCAGGUCUUGUAAGAGUACACAAGCCAGCCUUAAGGUCUACCAGAGUGAAGUCUCUGGACUGUGGUCUCAGGGCAGGAACCUUAUGAAGGAAACAACAGAAGAAGAGAAAAGUGAAGUGUUGGAUAAACUACAUACACUGCAAAACAUGUAUGAUACUAUUUUACAAAAAUGUGGCCAGCGAUUAAUGGAUCUGGAAAGACAUGUAGUUUCUAGGAAAUACUUCAAAGAAGAUUUGGAUAAAGCAUGCCACUGGUUAAAGCAAUGUGAUAUUGUUUCAUUCCCAGAAAUCAAUUUAAUGAAUAAUAACACAGAACUUUAUUCUCAAUUAGCUAAGUAUCAGCAGAUUCUUGAAGAGUUUCCUGAAUAUGAAAAUCUUUUGUUGAUAGUUCAGAAAGAUGGCCAGGAAAUUUUACCAUCACUUAAUGAAAUGGAUCGAUCCUAUCUCGAGGAAAAACUCAGUGCCUUGCCUCAACAAUUUAAUAUGAUCAUUGCUUUGGCUAAAGAUAAAUUCUGUAAAGUCCAAGAAGCAAUUACAGCCCGUAAAGAAUAUGCAUCAUUACUUGAACUGACAACAAGGGCACUGUCUGAAGUGGAAGAUCAGCUUGUAAAUUUGCGUAAAACCCCCUCUACUCUUACAGCUAAAGAAGUUGUGUCACUGAUGGAGGAUUACAAAAAUGUCCUAAGUGAAGUCAUAAGCCUUUGCAGUGCCAUAGAUGAAUUAAACCAGAAAAAGGAAGCCUUUCGAAGCACUGGGCAGCCAUGGCUACCAGAAGAGAUGUUAACGCUUGCUACACUGUAUCACAAAUUAAAAAGGCAGAUAGAACAGAAAGUUAACCAAUUGGAAGACAUGAUGGUGGCUUAUCAGGAACAUGAAGAAAUGUGUAAGCAGCUUGAGAUGAAACUAAAUUCCAUAAAAGAAAAAGAAGCAGAAGUAAAUGAAGAAACCCUUCCAGCUGAGGAAAAGCUAAAAAUGUAUCAUUUCCUCGCUGGUAGUCUUCAGGAUUCUGGAAUCCUUUUGAAACAUAUUGCUGAACAUCUUGAAGGACUUUCGUCCCAGCUUGACCCAUCUGUUCAUGAAAGAGCUGAUCAUCAAGUGCGAAAUUGGCAGGAAAUACUGAAGGUAUUGCACACUGCCAUUGGAGAUAAAGUGGUGGAGUGUGAAAACAGGCUGGUAGAGAGCAUAGAUUUUCAAACUGAAAUCUGUCGCUCUUUGGAUUGGCUGGGACACAUCAAAGCAGACCUGAAUGAACCAUUAAACAUGGAUGUAAAACUGAACAGCAUUCAAGAAGAGAUUCGCACAGUUCAGAUCCAACAGGAAGAAGUACAAUCCAGCCUAAGGAUAAUGAGAGCACUAAGCAAUAAAGAAAAGGAGAAAUAUAUGAAAGCCAAAGAACUGGUUCCUGUGGACUUGGAAAACAGCCUUACUGAGCUCUCUGAACGCAACAGUGAAGUCCAGGAAGCGAUACAAAAGAGGCAGGAAAAUUUGAGUAAGUUAUACAGUCUUUGCCAAAGAUACUACCAAGUUUCCCAGACUGCUAACAACUGGCUUGAAGAUGCUCAGGUAUUGCUCCAAUUUGCACAAAACGGCCUUGAUACAGAGAAUUCAGAAGAAAACCUAAGAAACCACAUAGAAUUUUUUAACACUGAAAAACAGUUCCAACUCCAUUUGAAAGAAGUGAAGAUGCUUGUGUCUGACAUGGAGCCAUUCAUUCAGACCCUCAGAAAAGAAGAUCUGGAGGAGAAAGUGAGGGCUUUAGAAGAUAAGAGCAUAGAAAUAGAACAAGAAGAACAAUGUCAGAAAGAAUUAUUACAAAGUUGUGUGUCUCAGUGGCAAGAUUACCAAAUAGCAAGACAGCACAUCAUUGACUUGAUGAAUGAGUCUGAAAAGAAAUUAUCUGAAUUUUCUGUAGCUAAAACUUCUUCUCAACUGGGAGCAGAAGAAAAAAUAGUAUCACAUAAGUCUCUAGUCUCUACAGUGAACUCUUUUCAUGAGACAAUCACUUCAUUGGAGGAAAAAGCAUCUAUGCUGGAGAAAAUAGGCAAUAUAUCCAGUAAGGCAACCAUAAGUCGAUCUAUGACCACUGUCUGGCAGCGGUGGACCAGACUUAGAAGCAUUGCCCAAGAACAAGAAAGAAUUCUGGAAGAAUCAGUGCAGAAAUGGAAUGUAUUUGAUGAUAAGAUGCAAAAAGCAACAGAGACGCUUGAUCAGCUGCACGAACGCUUACCAGAGAGCUCGGUAGAAAAAGCUUCAAAGAAUGAACUUCUGGAUCUUUUAGAUUAUCACAGUAAUUUCAUUCUAGAACUCGAACAGCAACUAUCAUCCUUGGGUCUCCUCAAGCAGCAUUCUUUUAGUUUGCUCCAAGAUAUAGAAAUAACACCUAGUUCCCAGGAACAAAUGCCCAUCAUGCAAGAAAUCAAAGCAAUGCAAGACCGAUACCAUAAUAUGCAACAGAAGGUGAAAAAAGUGAGAAAGUGGUUAAACAAAAUUAAGGAACGUGAAGAAGUAGAAAAAGAGAUUAAUAAAGACACUUGGAUACAAGAAGGAAGAGAAUAUUUAAAUCCUACAAUAGACAGUGAUACUCAAGUUGAAAAACUUCAGACACUCCUAAAUGAUGCCACUAUGCACCGUCAAGCAGUGGAGAAAAUGGCUGAACAGCAGCAGAAUAAAUACUUGGGGACUUUAUACCAUUUUGCCUCUCUGAGCCUGUCUCUUCAAUUAGCAGAAGCAGGCUUGGCGCUAGUAAAUAUACAUGAGCAGGUAAACAUUAUUUAUAAAAGAAGCUCAGCAGCACAAACAUUAAACCAAGAAUUUAACCACAAAAUUCAAGACGUAGCCAAAGAGCAUUUAAUUCAACUGAAAUUGAAAGAGAAGACAAAUAAUACACAAGCUAAAAGAGAUCAAAAGAACCUGGAUGAAGAACUAGACAGCUGUAACAUUAAACUUCUGGAACUUGAGGCAGCUGUCCAAAGCUUUGCAGAGCAAAAUCCUCAGCUAGGUAAACAGCUGACUGGCAAAAUUAAUAAACUGACAGAAUUCCAUCAACAAAUAAUUAGGGAAGCGGAAUACACAUCCAAGCUAAAUCAGGCUGUUUCCCAUUUAGAUGAAUAUAAUGAAAUGCUAGAAUUCAUACUAAAAUGGAUUGAAAAAGCCAAGAUUUUAUUACAUGGAAGCAUAAUGUGGAAUUCUGCUACUAUACUUCGCAAUCAAUUUAUGUCUCAUCAGACCAUGUUUGAAGAGGCUGGUGAACUUCCCAGGGAUCUUGAAACUAUGAAUGAAAAAACAGAAUACUUGGCAAGUGUGUAUUUCACUGAAGAGAUGUUUCAGCAAGUGUCAGAUCUUCGUAGACAGACUGAGGAUUUACAACAGGCUAUCAAACAACGGCUACAAAAUAUUCAGGAUGCAGCCAAAGAUAUGAAGAAAUUUGAAACAGAAGUGAAAGCUCUUCGUACAGCUUUAGAGCAAGCUCAAGCCACUCUGACAUCUCCAGAAAUUGGCCGUUUGAGUCUGAAAGAACAACUUUCUCACCGACAGCAUUUGCUUUUGGAAAUGGAAUCAUUGAAGCCAAAGGUUCAUGCAGUCCAAGUUUGUCAGAGUGCUUUACGGAUCCCUGAAGAAGUUCUCACUACUCUACCGAUAUGUCAUGCAGCUCUUAGGCUGCAGGAGGAUGCCAGUCAUCUACAGCACACAGCUAUCCAGCAGUGCAAUAUAAUGCAGGAGGCAGCAGUACAGUAUGAACAAUAUGAACAAGAGAUGAAACAUCUGCAGCAAAUGAUAGAAAAAUCCCACCAUGAGAUUCAAGAGAAGCCCAUAUCAACAAGUAAUAUCCAAGAAUUGGAAGCCCAGAUUUCAUGCCAUGAGGAGCUGGCGGAGAAGAUCAAAGGUUACCAAGAGCAAAUUGCAUCUCUCAAUUCAAAGUGCAAGAUGCUAACCAUGAAAGCCAAGCAUGCCACUAUGUUGCUGACAGUGACGGAGGUGGAGGGGCUGUCAGAGAGAAUGGAGGAGUUGGAUUCAGAAGACAUGCUUCCUGCACUUAGUGCUCACCCGUCUGUAAUGAUGAUGACUGCUGGUCGCUGUCACACACUUCUGUCACCAGUUACUGAGGAAUCUGGGGAAGAGGGAAGCAACAGUGAGAUCUCUUCUCCUCCUGCUUGUCGCUCUCCUUCACCUGUGGCUAAUGCUGAUGCUUCUGUUAAUCAGGACAUUGCUUAUUAUCAAGCCUUAUCGGCUGAACAAUUGCAGACAGAAGCAUCCCAAAUUCAGCCUAGCACUCCGAUUGUUCAGGAAUCCUAUGAGCCAAGAUUAGAAGCCCUUUCCAGUACUAAACUGGAUGAUUUGCAACGUUCUUGGGAGACCCUGAAAAACGUGAUUAGUGAAAAACAGCGCACACUUUAUGAAGCCCUUGAACGUCAGCAGAAAUAUCAAGAUUCUCUUCAGUCUAUAUCAACAAAAAUGGAAGCCGUUGAAGUGAAAUUAAAUGACACUCUAGACAGUAAUAAGAGUCCAGAAAGCCAGAUGGCUGGCCACCAGGUAAAGGCUUUGAUGGAUGAAAUUCUCAUGCUUCAAGAGGAAAUAAGUGAACUGCAAAUCUCAUUAGCGGAAGAAUUGGUGUCUGAACCAUUAGAGGCAGAUGCUGCUGAGCAGUUGGCUCUGCAGUCCACGCUUACUGUGUUAGCAGAGAGAAUGGCCACUAUUAAGAUGAAAGCUUCAGGAAAACAGCAGCUUCUUGAGGAGAAACUCAACGAGCAACUAGAAGAACAGCGUCAAGAGCAGGCCCUGCAAAGGUAUCGCUCUGAGGCAGAUGAACUUGAUCACUGGCUUCUGAACACACAAGCAUCUCUAAGCACUACAUUGGUGACUGAUGAGGAGCCUAUGGAUAUGGAUUCUCAGUUGGUUGACUGCCAGAAUAUGCUUAUGGAAAUUGAGCAGAAGGUGGUGACUUUGUCUGAGCUGUCCGUACACAAUGAAAACCUCCUCAUGGAAGGGAAAGCUCAAACCAAGGAUGAAGCUGAGCAACUGGCACUGAAACUCAGAACGCUGAAGGGAAGCCUUCUGGAACUACAGAGCGUCCUUCAUGACAAGCAGAUCAACAUCCAGCAGGGAGCUGUACAGGAAACGGAAGAAUGUAAAUCAGAUCUGGUCACUUCUCAAGAUCCCAGUAUCCAGGAGUGGCUGGCCCAGGUACAAACAACCCGUUCACAACAACAACUAAGCAUCCUACAAAGACAGAAAGAACUAGAGAAAGAACUAGCGGAGCAGAAGAGCCUUCUUCAUUCAGUGGCAAGUCGUGGAGAAGAAAUUUUAACUCAAUCAUUUUCAGAUAUGCCUUAUUCUAGCAAGAAUCCAGAUAAACUAACAGAAGAACUGAGUUUAGAAGGAGAAAAGCCCUCAAGCGAAGAUCAGAUGAAAAUGAGAUGGGAAAGCCUUAAUCAAGAAUUCAGCAUUAAGCACAGGCUUCUACAGAAUGCUCUGGAACAAGAACAAGAUCAGUCAGUUUACAGUAGACCAAACCGGCUUAUGUCUGGCAUGCCAUUGCCCAAAGAAGAAGGGAAGGCUCAAGAUAAAGCAUCGGUUAAAUCUUUACUGGUUGGUUUGAAUGAGGCUUUCAAAAGUGUUCCUUCCCAGGCUAGAGGUGCUGAAAAGGAGAAUCUGCAGUUUGAGCAAAAACUAUACAGAGGUGUUUCAGCCAUCUCGUCUUGGCUAGAUGGGGUUGAAGAACAUUUGUUUGUUGCCACGGCCCUUUUACCUGAAGUGACAGAAACAUGCCUUGAUAAUCAAGAAUCUCUUGCUAAAGAUAUCAAUGAAAUGACAGAAAAAAUGGAUAAAAGCAAGGAUUUAUUUUCCCAUGUGUUUCCUGAGAAUGCUGAUAACCGAGAUGUUAUAGGAGACACUUUGGACAGUUUGUUACAGAGAUUAACAUUACUAGAUACACUAGUAAAUCAAAGAUGCCAGCAUAUGAAAGAGAGACUUCAGCAGAUACUGAAUUUUCAGAAUGACUUGAAGUUGAUGUUUACUUUAUUAGCUGAUAACAAGUAUAUUGCACUGCAGAAACUAGCAGAAGCAGUUGAACGCCCUGAAACAGAACAAAUACAGGCCAUUGAGCAAGUAGAACGAGGACUGAAAGAAUUAGAUGCAGGUAUCACUGAAUUAAAGAAACGUGGAGAUAAACUGCAAAUUGAUCAAUCUUUCAUGCAAGAAUUAUCCAAACUUCAGGAUAUGUAUGAUGAGUUAAUCAUGAUCAUAGGAUCACGGCGCUGUGGAUUAAACCAAAAUCUGGCAUUGAAGGGUCAGUACGACCAAGCUUUGCAGGAUCUGGCUGACCUGAUUGAAACUGGGAAAGAAAAGAUGGCAGGUGAUCACAAACUGAUAGUUGACUCCAAAAAGGAAAUCCAACAGCUUCUUGACAAGCAUAAGGAAUAUUUCCAAGGACUAGAGGCACACACGAUCCUAACAGAAACGCUUUUUAGAAAAAUAAGCAGCUUUGCUCUUGUGAAGGAAACUCAAAUCCAUGUAGAUCUAAUGGCACAAGGCUCUGCAGUAUUAAAACAAGCUCAUAAGAAAGGAGUGGAGCUGGAAUAUAUUCUAGAGACUUGGAUGCAUUUAGAAGAAGAAUAUCAGGAACUCAUACAGCAGUUGGAGGCUGUUGAAACCAACAUUCCUAGUGUUGGCUUGGUAGAAGAAACUGAGGAAAGGCUUACUGAUCGGAUUUCACUUUAUCAGCACCUGAAAUAUAGUCUUACUCAACACCAACCCAAACUUUACCAAGUGCUGGAUGAUGGGAAAAAACUACUGUUCUCUGUGACAUGUUCAGAAUUGGAAUCUCAAUUGAACCAGAUAGGGGAGCAUUGGUUAAAUACUACCAACAAAGUUACUAAGGAAAUGCACAGACUGGAAACUAUACUUAAACUCUGGACAAGAUAUCAGAGUGACUCGGCUGAGCUGAUUCAUUGGCUCCAGUCAGCAAUGGAACGUUUGAAAUAUUGGACCCAGCAAUCUAUCACAGUUCCUCAAGAACUAGAAAUAAUUCGAGAUCAUCUGAAUGCAUUUUUGGAAUUUUCCAAAGAAGUUGAUGCAAAGUCAUCCCAAAAAUCUACUGUUCUGAGCACUGGAAAUCAUCUUCUCCGGCUGAAGAAAGUGGAUACUGCAUCUUUGAAGGCUGGACUGUCACAAAUUGAUAAUCAGUGGACAGAACUGCUCAUACAGAUUCCAGUAGUGCAGGAAAAACUGCAUCAGCUGCAAAUGGAUAAGCUUCCUUCUCGCCAUGCCAUCACAGAAGUCAUGAGUUGGAUUAUUUUGAUGGAAAAUGCUAUUUCUAAGGAUGAGGAAAACAUAAAAAAUAUAGUGGGACAUAAAGCUGUCCAGGAAUACCUCCAGAAAUAUAAGGGCUUUAAAAUUGAUGUAAGCUGUAAACAGUUAACCGUGGACUUCGUUAACCAAUCAGUGUUGCAGAUUAGUAGUCAGGAUGUGGAAAGCAAGCGUAGUGACAAGACGGAUUUUGCUGAACAACUUGGAAUGAUGAAUAGGCGGUGGCAGAUUUUGCAGAAUCUGAUAAUGGAAAAGAUUCAGUUGUUGGAAGGUUUCCUUGAAUCAUGGACAGAAUAUGAAAAUAACAUUCAGAACCUAAAAACAUGGUUUGAAACUCAAGAGACAAAACUGAAGGAACAACAGAGAAUUGGAGAUCAAGCUUCAGUUCAAAAUGUCCUAAAAGACUGUCAGGAACUUGAAGAUCAGUUAAAAACAAAAGAGAUAGAACUUGAAAAAGUUGAACAGACUGGCUUUACCCUAAUACAAAAUAAAAAAGAAGAAGUCUGUGUUGCUGUUAUGGAUACCCUCCAGAAGCUAAAUAAUUCUUGGGCAAAUUUGGACCACCAGGUUGGUCAGCUGAAAACACUGCUACAAUCUGUCCUUCAUCAGUGGAGAGUUUACAAAGCAUCUUAUGAAGAACUUAAUAGCUACAUAAUGGAAGCAAGGUAUUCCCUGUCUCGCUUUCAUCUUCUUACUGGCUCUCUGGAAGCAGUGAAAGUCCAAGUAGAUAAUCUUCAGAACUUGCUAGAUGAAUUGCAAAAGCAAGACCAUCGCUUACAAAAAUUUGGGUCAGUCACCAAUGCACUAUUAAAAGAAUGCCAUCCACCAGUUACAGAAGUGCUUAAUAAUACUUUGAAAGAAAUGAACUUAAGAUGGAACAAUCUUCUAGAAGAAAUUGCAGAGCAUUUACAUUCCAGUAAAGGUCUGCUUCAUCUCUGGCAGAAAUAUAAAAACUAUUACUUGCAAUGUUCUUCUACUGUCCAGCAAUAUGAGGACCGAACAAAUGAACUUUUGAAGGCUGAACUCAAUAAGGACACUGUUGAUGAUGAAGCCACUGCUUGGAUUCAUGACUGCAAUGAUCUACUUAAAGGCAUGAAGACAAUGCAAGAUUCUCUAUCUGUUCUGCAUGAACUAGGUGAACAGCUGAAGCAGCAAGUGGAUUCUUCUGCUGCAGCAGCUAUCCAAUCCGGCCAGCUCUUACUAAAUCAGAAUUUAGCUUCUUUAGAGCAAGGACUCAACAGACAGCAGUCAAUAUUACAGGCAGGAGUUCAAGACUACCAGACCUUUAAUCUCAGUCUGUCAGGACUGGAGCAGUGGACAAAGCAAGCGGAAGAGAUGCUGAAAAUGCAAGAUCCAAGCCACUCAUCGGACUCAUCCAUCAUUCGGAACAGAUGGAGGAGCUUAAAGUGAUGCCAGAUGCUAAAAUUCAGCAGCAUGGCACCUGAUUUGGAUCGUCUAAAUGAGCUGGGAUAUAUGUUGCCCUUGAAUGAUAAAGAAAUCAAAAGGAUGCAAAAUCUGAAUAGAUGCUGGUCAGUUAUUUCUUCACAAACUACUGAAAGAUUCAGUAAGCUACAGUCCUUCAUGCUGCAGCAACAAACCUUCCUAGAAAAAUGUGAGACUUGGAUGGAGUUCUUGGUUCAAACUGAGCAGAAACUGGCUGCGGAAAUUUCAGGAAACUACCAGCUUCUUUUAGAACAGCAGAGGGCGCAUGAGCUGUUCCAAGCAGAGAUGUUUAGUCGGCAACAGAUUUUACAUUCUAUCAUCAUGGGCCAUAACCUUCUUGAGCAAGGGCAGGUAGAUGACAGGGAUGAAUUCAAUUUAAAACUGGCAUUGCUCAGUAAUCAGUGGCAAGGGGUAAUUCGUAGAGCCCAGCAGAGAAGGGGCAUCAUUGACAGUCAGAUUCGUCAGUGGCAACGAUACAGAGAAAUGGCAGAGAAAUUGCGCAAGUGGCUGGUGGAAGUGACUUGUCAAUCAGCAAGUGGGCUGGGCACUGUUCAUCCAUUGCAGAGAGCUAGAGCCCUACUGGAUGAAAUGCAGCUCAAAGAGAAAGUGCUUCUUCGCCAACAAGGGAGCUACAUUUUAACAGUGGAAGGUGGAAAACAGCUGUUACUCUGUGCUGAUGGUGAGACAGAAGCAUCUUUACAGAAGGAACUUACAGAAAUCCAAGAGUGGUGGAAAUUAGCAAACCUCAGACUUGAAGAACAGAAAAAGCAGCUCACCUUACUAUUAAAGUGGGACUGGGAAAAAUGUGAAAAAGACAUAUCAAAUUCCUUGGAAAAGCUAAAAUCCCUGAAGAAGAAGCUUUCUCAGCCAUUGCCAGACCAUCAUGAUGAGCUCCACACAGAGCAGAUUCGCUGCAAGGAACUAGAGAGUGCCGCUGAGGGAUGGACCAACGAUCUUUCUCAUUUGAACUUAUUAAAGGAGACCCUGGGUACUUUCAUUAGUGCAGAGGACAUUUCGGCACUCAACGAACGUAUUGAAUUAUUGCACAGACAAUAAGAACUAUGUCACCAGGUUUCCUUGAGGAGGCAACAGGUGAGCGAGAAACUGAAUGAAUGGGCAGUCUUCAGCGAGAAGAACAAAGAUCUCUGUGAGUGGUUGACACAAAUGGAAAGUAAAGUUUCCCAGAAUGGAGAUAUUCUCAUUGAAGAAAUGAUUGAAAAACUCAAAAAGGAUUAUCAAGAUGAAAUUGCAGUUGCCCAAGAGAAUAAAAUGCAGCUUCAGGAAAUGGGAGAACGGCUUGCUAAAGCAAGCCAUGAAAGCAAAACCCUGGAGAUUGAGUAUAAACUUGGCAAGGUCAAUGACAGGUGGCAACAUCUUUUAGAUCUCAUUGCAGCCAGGAUGAAGAAACUGAAGGAGACCUUGGUGGCAAUCCAGCAAUUGGAUAAGAACAUGAGCAUCUUGAGAUCUUGGCUCGCCCAUAUUGAAUCAGAGUUAUCCAAAGCCAUUGUCUAUGAAACUUGCGAUUCUGAGGAGAUUCAAAGGAAACUAAAUGAACAGCAGGAACUUCAAAGAGACAUAGAGAAACAUAGCACUGGGGUUGCAUCUGUCCUCAAUCUCUGUGAAGUUCUUCUCCAUGAUUGUGAUGCUUGUGCUACUGAAACAGAAUGUGAUUCCAUUCAGCAAGCCACAAGGAACUUGGAUCGAAGAUGGCGGAAUAUUUGUGCCAUGUCAAUGGAAAGGCGACUCAAAAUUGAAGAGACUUGGAGACUAUGGCAGAAGUUUUUGGAUGAUUAUUCUCGCUUUGAAGAUUGGUUGAAAAUUUCUGAAAGGACGGCUGCUUUCCCUAGUUCUUCUUGUGUAUUAUAUACAGUUGCUAAAGAAGAACUGAAGAAAUUUGAGGCUUUUCAGCGUCAAGUACAAGAAAGUUUGACUCAGCUAGAACUGAUCAACAAACAGUACCGCCGCUUGGCCAGGGAAAAUCGCACCGAUUCUGCUGGCAGCCUCAAAUCGAUGGUCCACGAAGGAAACCAGAGAUGGGAUAACUUGCAAAAACGAGUGAUCUCCAUCCUCCGCAGACUUAAACAUUUCAUUGGCCAACGUGAAGAAUUUGAGACGGCACGUGACAGCAUUUUGGUCUGGCUUACAGAGAUGGACUUGCAGCUCACCAACAUUGAACACUUCUCAGAGUGUGAUGUUCAAGCGAAGAUAAAGCAACUCAAGGCUUUUCAGCAGGAGAUCUCCCUGAACAACAACAAAAUUGAGCAAAUCAUUGGCCAGGGUGAGCAACUGUUAGAAAAGAGUGAGCCUUUAGAUGCAGCUGUCAUUGAGGAAGAGUUGGACGAGCUAAGACGUUAUUGCCACGAGGUCUUUGGCCGAGUAGAAAGAUACCACAAAAAAUUAAUUCGUCUUCCACUCACAGAUGAUGAGCAUGAGUUAUCUGAUCGUGAAGUGGAUCUGGAUGAAUCAGCAGAUCUUUCCGACCUGCACUGGCAUGACAAAGCCGCAGACAGUGUCCUUUCCCCACAUCCUUCCUCCAUUCUCUCGCUGUCUCUUCCCCAGCCAAUCCGAAGUGAAAGGUCAGGGCGGGAUACGCCAGCUAGCAUAGAUUCCAUCCCCUUGGAAUGGGAUCAUGACUAUGACCUGAGUCGUGACCUGGAGACCGCAGUCUCAAGAGCCCUUCACUCUGACGAAGAGGGGAGGGACGACAAAGAUUUUUAUCUUCAAGGAGCUACAAGCCUAGCAGGAGAACCAGGUUCCUUGGAAACACAUAUUCAGCAGCUUGACAAAGCUUUGGACACUAGUCGUUUCCAAAUACAGCAAACGGAGAAUAUAAUCCGCAGUAAAACCCCUACAGGGCCUGAGCUAGAUUCUAGCUACAAAGGAUAUAUGAAGCUCCUGGGUGAGUGCAGCAGGAGUAUAGAUUCAGUAAGGCGGCUUGAACAUAAACUGAAAGAAGAAGAGGAAAAGCUGUCUGGAUUUAUUAACCUGAACAAUGCAGAGCCACAAACAUCUGGUGUGAUUGAUCGAUGGGAGUUAAUUCAGGCCCAAGCCUUAAGUAAAGAACUGAGAAUGAAGCAGAAUCUUCAACAAUGGCAGCAGUUCAGUUCUGACCUAAACAACAUCUGGGUUUGGCUGGGAGAAACUGAAGAAGAAUUGGACCAAUGGCAUUGCCUUGAUCUCAGCACAGACAUACAGACCAUUGAGUUCCGGAUUAAAAAACUAAAAGAGCUGCAGAAGGCUGUCGAUAGUCGCAAAGCCAUCAUUUUGUCCAUCAACCUGUGCAGUUCAGAAUUCAUGCAGUCGGACAGUGAGGAAAACAAGAAACUGCAGGAACAACUCUCUCAGAUGAACAUGCGCUGGGACCACGUCUGCUCUGUGUUAGAAGAAUGGCGCUGCUCCCUACAGGGGGCUCUUAUGCAAUGUCAGGAUUUCCAUGAGAUGAGCCAUGGCUUAUUAUUAUGGCUGGAGAACAUUGACAGGAGAAAAAAUGAAAUAGUCCCUAUCAAUCCAAAUCAUGACUCUGAUACUAUGCAGGAUCAUCACAGGCUUCUCAUGCAAAUACGAUGUGAGCUUCUGGAAUCUCAGUUAAAAGUGGCUUCUCUUCAAGACAUGUCCUGCCAACUGCUAGUCAAUGCUGAAGGCACGGAUUGUCUCGAGGCCAAAGAAAAGGUCCAUGUCAUUGGAAACAGACUAAAAAUGCUCCUGAAAGAUGUCACACGUCACAUUAAAGAACUAGAGAAGAUUCUAGAUAUUUCAAGCAGUCAGUUGGACUUAUCCUCGUGGUCUUCUGCUGAUGAGCUGGACACAUCAGGAUCUCUCAGUCCAGUAUCUGGAAGAAGCACUCCAAGCCGACAGAGAAUGCCACGAGGCAAAUAUAAUGUCUCACAGCCUGGACCCUCUGUCAGCAGUCCGCAUAGCAGGCCCACAAGAGGUGGCUCCGGUUCCUCCCGUUCUGAAAACCAGGGGCAUCGGUCACGACCGCAGCACUGCUUCUUCCUCAGGGUGCUGAGAGCAGCUCUUCCUCUCCAGCUUCUCUUGCUGCUUCUGAUGGCCCUCGCCUGCUUGGUUCCAGCGAGCGAAGAGGACUAUAGCUGCACCCUCUCAAAUAAUUUUGCACGCUCCUUCCAUCCCAUGCUUAGAUACACAAACGGCCCACCACCUUUAUGAAAAGAUUGCCAGCAGCUGAAUAAUAUUUCAAAUGCAGUACCCAGAAUUCAGUAGGAUUUCCAUGACCUCCCUGCUGAUAUAAGUAAAUGUCUGUCAGUAUCAGAAUGAGCCACGGAAUUCAUGAAUUGGGCCAUUAAAGACUUGCAUCUCUUCCAUGGACUUUGACUAAGUAAUAGAAAGUUUUUCUCUCCAAACAGCAUCCUGGAUUUUUCAGCUAAUUUUAUAAUUUUACCAUCACUCUAUACAAUACCUAGCGGAGGACUUCAGUUUGAAGAAGGACCAGUAUGUACUGCUCAUUAUAGAGCUAUUAUACAAUCUUUAUUUAACUAUUCUACUGGUAUUUUAAACUAAACUAACAUAUAAACCUAUAUACUUGUAAGAAACAAACUGGAGUGAUUUUAGAAACCAUUAUAACAUACAAUUUUAAAAGCUUGCAAGGCAGUAUAUUAUUUUCCCCCAUUUUUGGUGGGGUUUUGAGUGAGGCACGAUAUUCUAAUCUUUGCUUUGAAUGCACAAAUUGUAAAUGGCACAUUUUAUAAUUUAAAAAAAAAUAUGUAAGAAAUGAAAUCAUGAAAACUUUAUGAACAACCAUGGAUAUUAAGUAUUAAAAAUAUUUAUGUAUGUACA